UAGGAGCUACAUCCAGCAUCCAUUCGCACAAAACCUUCCAGCGCUAAGGUACUAGACAAAUGUCUUUGCGACAAUAGCAAGUCGUGAGCCCGUUGCUCUGUGAGGCGAUCUUGAACAUCCGCCCACCAUGCGCGAGUUCAUGAGCUACGUGCAGAGCGCGUUCUACGACGCCACCGGCUGGAACCGCGACAACUCGUACUCGACGCUCAAUGCAACCGCAGAUGCACUCCUCAACUUCCCAACACCGCAGGGCCUGCGCCUCACACUCUCAUCUCUCGCGACCCCUCACUUUGCGACAUCAUACCAGCUCGGCUCCGUAGGCGUAGUCGACGGCUCCAUCUCCUACCUUUACUCCUCCGUGCCCCUCCGCGCGCACCUCACCCCGCAAUCCGAUGCCGUACCAUUGCCGGCGCUGCUGCGCUCCUACCGACCGCUCGCCGACCUCCCGCCCCGAACCUCGAAGCCUUACCCCCUCCUUAGUCCAGCCGCCGCCUCCCUCCUCUACGGCCGUUUGUACCUCCCUGAGUCCAUGCUCGAGGCUCUCGUCGUGAAGAGGAUAUCCCCCGCGCUGCAACUCCAGCUCAGCGCCGUCUCGGGAAAGUUUCUGCGCAACGGAGGCACCGUCCUGGGACUGGCUCAGUAUGACGUCGGCAGGUACGCCAUCGAAGGCCUAGGUUCGUCCGACGGCGGCCUGCUGGGCUUCAGAGGCGCAUACAACUUUGGUGGUGAUACAGAAGAUAUUCAAGCUCUACGAUCGGGCGGCAAGCUGGGCGGACACACGGAUGAAGCCAAGGAACGGAUCUACGGACGCUUCAGCGCCGGCGGGGAGAUCUACUACGGCCUGCUUAACAAGUCGGGCGGUGUCAGUUUCGGCGGACGGUUUGCGACGCUCCCGGAGCACCGCGGCACUCCGCUGACGGCGACAAUGACGAUCAACCCCCUGAUGGGCAACAUCAGCGCCAGCUACGCCGUAGUAGCGGGCAAGCACUGCAGUCUCGCGACGAGGAUGGACUUCAACGUGUACAGCUAUGAGAGCGACUGGUCCGUGGGCAUGGAGCUGUGGCGCAAGAACCUGACCCGCAACAUCGAGCCCGCGCUCUCGGCCGAGAGCUUUGUCAAAAAGAACCGCAGCUUCCAGGCAAAGCUGGAGUGGAGGCUGGACGACGAGCUGCCCGAGGCACACAAGCUGCAACCGAGGCUCGUCGUGGAAGAGCCAGCGCAAGAGCGGAAGAAUAAGCCGAGAGAACGCAGCUUUCAGGCGAAGAUGGAGUGGAGAUUGGACGAUCCUGCGUUGGAUGGGACGUUAGAGGCGGCGGCGGCGGAUGCCGGCACGGCGGCAGAGUCCAAGGGCGCGGAUGAAUACGGCAGCGUCAUCAAGGCGCGGCUGGACCAGAACAUGAAGAUUGGGGUCUUGUGGGAGGGGAGGGUCAAGUCCCUCUUGUUCAGUCUCGGCAGCGCCAUCGACCUGCGCAAGCUCGACUCGCCGUUCCGCACGGUGGGCGUGGAAAUCCAAUUUUCAUCAUGAGAUGGAGUCAAUGGGCAUUUUGGCCAUAUUACAACGUACCCACCGGUAAUCUUCCCCGAUGCGACGUUCUUCCCGACGUCUCGGUCGCAGAAACAGGCAGUUGGCGCGUGGCAGAAGUUCCCGGCAUCCUGGCACGGCUGCACACUCGAGAUCCUUAGCACCUGAAAGGUUGAGUUUACUAGUACUGCGUACUACCUGUCAAGGUUGGACUCGACAGAUCCCGGCUUCGUGGCUACGGGUCUCCUUGAACACAACCCGAGGUGACGCCGCAGCUAUCGAUGCAGGAUGGCGUCGGGAGGGCCGUGGUGGCUGCAUGAAAUAGGAGGAGGAGAAUGCGACGUCGCCUUUGAUACUUGUUCUCUCGGAAAUGUUAGCCGAGAGGCAAAAGUAGGACUCAGAAGCGGCACUGGGCCUCGAAGUCUCUGAUGACUUCCGAAAGUAAUGAGACUGGUCGAUGGGGUUCUUCAUGACGAUAUCAUGAACGGAAGCAAGCGACCGGCUUGGCUGAAGCUUAACUAGCAGAAACGGCUUGGGCCAAGCUUUCUUGGCGGUGGAUGGAAGCCACCCGCAUUCAAAGGGCCAUCGGGCGUAGAAUUAUCUGUACCACUCUUGGAGAUGUGAAGAGGAUCUUCCCACUUCACUGAAAGAAGUCGUGCUCGGGCUUGUCGUACUGUAGAUGGGUGGCAGAUUGGAGGAGAG